AAUUAAAUGUGGGCUGUGCAUGUGCAUCAGUACAGCAGAUGAAUCAUGUUCUAAAAAUAAUUGCUGCAGGCUAUUAGACUUUUGACACUCGUAGGUGCGGAGCAACGUAUUUGCAUCCGGUGUGUCAGGUUUUCACGAAGGGCGGUGCAACAGCUGCUUUGUUUAAAAGAGUGAGCAGAAGAGGCUGGAUUCAGGAGAGUACUGUACAGUUACAGUCAGCUCUUUGUGCUGCCGUGCAGUUAUUGAGGAUACUGAUUUUUUUUUUUAAUUCAUAUUUUACACUGGAAUGGUAGUUUGGAGCUUUUUUAUGGCUGAUGGCACAACUAAAAGACUCGGCUUUCAAAAGGCAAACUUUUCUUUACCUGAAACUUGAUGUUGUCGUCUGGACUUGAUCCCAGAGAAGGACGUCAUUAGAGGACAUCUGAUUCUGCUACACAAAUAUGUGUAAUCCUUUAGUGCGGACACGGGACAGAAGCUGCUUUGUGUCUUUUUAAUUUAUGGUGCUGCACCACGCAGGGUUUGUUUACACUGUUGAUCCUCUGAGCUCAAUCAUUGAUCAUGGUUGUUGGAAGAACUGCUGAUUUGGCCCCCACGGCUGCUGUCAAGAUCUUUUCAGCUGGAACAGCUGGCUGUGUGGCCGACCUGGUCACUUUCCCCCUGGACACAGCCAAAGUCAGGCUGCAGAUUCAAGGUGAAUCCAGGCCCUCAUUGGAAGGCCAGAGGGCGAAAUACAGAGGUGUGUUUGGCACCAUGUUCACCAUGGUGAAGACUGAGGGGCCGAGGAGUCUGUACAGUGGACUGGUGGCAGGUCUGCAGAGACAGAUGAGCUUCGCCUCAGUCCGCAUCGGCCUUUAUGACACCAUGAAGCAGAUCUACAGCAGGGGGUCAGAAAAUGCUGGGAUCGGGACUCGGCUGCUGGCCGGCUGCACUACUGGGGCGAUGGCGGUGGCCUUCGCUCAGCCCACAGAUGUGGUGAAAGUCAGGUUCCAGGCUCAGGGCCGGCUACCCGAGAGCAGCUCUGUGAAGAGAUACAGCAGCACUAUUGAUGCCUACAAGACCAUUGCCAGGGAUGAAGGGGUUAAAGGGCUCUGGAAAGGUUGUCUGCCAAAUAUAACUCGCAAUGCCAUUGUAAACUGCUCCGAGCUGGUGACAUAUGACAUCAUCAAGGAGCUCAUCCUGAAGUACAACCUGAUGACAGACAACAUGCCGUGUCACUUCACAGCAGCUUUCGCAGCAGGUUUCUGCACCACUAUUGUAGCGUCCCCGGUGGAUGUGGUAAAAACACGCUUCAUGAACUCGGUGCCUGGCCAGUACAGCGGUGCUAUUAACUGUGCCUUAACCAUGCUGAUGAAAGAGGGACCCUCAGGUUUCUAUAAGGGCUUCGUGCCCUCGUUUCUUCGUCUGGGCGCCUGGAACAUAGUGAUGUUUGUGAGCUUCGAGCAGAUUAAGAGAGCCGUGAUAAAAUUUCAGCAAACCUGGGAUUCUCCGCUCUGACCUGUCUGACAGCUGGAUGGUUUGGCAAAGCCAAGAUGGUUUAAAUCGCAUCAGUAGCAGCAGCACACAGUCAUCCUGAAGAGAGACAGUCUGGUUAUGACUGCUGCUGGUCUGGACCUGCUCCUCCUCAGGCAUAAAACUGCACGUGCAUCUUAUUAAAGAGGCCACACUGCAAACAGACACUGCAGGGAUGAUUCAUGUUUGAGGUUUGAUGACUGGUUUACAUAAUUGAAGUUCAUGUUGUCUAUUGUUCUCUCAUUUAUAGAGUGCAGUCUGGUGUAGAUGGGGAUGUCAUUGACAGUGUUGUGUAAGCACAGUAACUUACUGGCUUUCUAGAUUGUCUCGGUAGGGUUUUUGUAUUUAAUAUCCAGUUUCAGGUGACAGUUUCCUGUUUGUGAACGUGUUACACAAGAUGAGGGCUGCAAUUAAUGAUAAUCUGCUGAUUAUUUUUUAACAAUUAUCAAGUCAUUUGGUCU